CAGCGCGCAUGGGCAGUAUUUCCUAACAACGCGGAGUGACUGAAAACGACAUUGGCAUUGUUUGCUUUGAAACAAUCCGACAAAAAAAGUCAACCGAUUAACGGUGUUCAAUGAACUACGUCAAAGUCUGAGUUUGAAAUGAGCUACGCCGAUUGCUGCGAAAGCCUUGGCUCGCUUGAGUAAUUGUUGAUUUUGUUCCAGCACACAAUCGAGAGCAGAAUCGGAAGUCAUGUGGUGGUUCCAGCAGGGCCUCAGCUUCCUGCCGGCCCUCCUGGUGGUGUGGACGGCAGCGGCGUUCAUCUUUGCCUACGUCAUGGCGGUGGUCCUGAGACACGUGGACCCUCUGGUGCCCUACAUCAGCGACACGGGCGCAAUGGCACCUGAGAGGUGUGUGUUCGGCAUCAUGCUGGAUGUGUCGGCCUUUUUAGGCAUGGCCACCGUGUACGUGCGCUACAAGCAAGUGGAGGCGCUGACGAGCGGCGCCGACAACGGCGGUGUCUACAGACUGAACCGCUGCGGGUUGCUGCUGGGACUCUUCAGCUCCUUGGGCCUGUGCGUGGUGGCCAACUUCCAGAAGACGACGCUGUUCUGGGCUCACCUGCUGGGUGCCGUGCUGACGUUGGGCGUGGGCGCUCUGUACAUCCUGGCGCAGACGCUGCUGUCGCAGCGCAUGCAGCCUCGUGUGCACGCUCGGAGCCUCUUCCACGUCCGCCUCGCCCUGGCGCUCUGGACCUCCGCUAGCAUCCUGGCCAUGUUUGUGUCGUCCGUCGUCAUGUACAGCAGCCUGCCUGGAGUGGAUGUCGCCCGCAAGCUGCACUGGAAGCCCGGAGAGACGGGUUACACAGCUCACAUCAUCAGCACGGUGUGCGAGUGGUCGCUGGCGUUGUCCUUCAUCAGCUUCUUCCUGACCUUCAUACGAGACUUCCAGAAAAUCAAACUCCGAGCCGAGGUGCUGAUGGAAUGCGACCAUUUGUACGACCGGCCGGCCCGGAGCGUCCCCAACAAACCCGACAGCUCAGAGUCGUCCCCGCUGUUGCCGGGAGACACGUGACCCUGACAAGUACUAAAAACUCACACCGACACAACUUUUGCAGGCACUUUUCACUCUUUGCACCAUUUCUUAGUCAGUCACGCUGACAGAAACAGAAUAAUUAGUUUGACCGCACUUGCAAUGAUGGCCGAGACUUGGCAAAUAGGUCAAGCUCAGUUGCGGCUGUUCACUUUUUGACACUGAAAAGAACGCAAAUAUAUGCAAAAAUAAUCUUUAUGCUGUAUGGAGAAAAAAUAAAAUACAACUACUCACUCUUUGAAGGCA